AUGGCCUCCCGAGUCCCGCUUCGCCCCCGCGUUGGCACCCAGCGCACCAAGAACGCAGACGAGAACGCCACCAGCAAGCUACGACAGACUACCGCCAACACCGCCGCCGCCAACCGGGCCGCUAUCCAUGCCACCAAGCAGACCACCGUCGGCGUUCGCCGCCCUGUCCUGAACGAGGUCACUACCACAGCCGUCAACCGCAAGAACACCCUCAAGAAGCUCGAGGGCAAGGGCAAGGCGUCCGACGUGCCGGAGAAGCGCGUGCGCUCGUCGUCGGUCGCUGACGUCGCCGCCCUGGGCCGCCAGCCCGCCGCUCCCGCCUCACGUGUCCCCUCCUCGCAAUCGCACUCUGGCGCCUUCCGUGCGUCCCGCAUCGCCCAGCGCCCAGCCCAGCGCGCGUCUGGUACGCGUGCAGUGGUGCCCAUCGUUGUCGACGAGGAGGAGCCGGCGCUUACGAGUGAUGACCGCGAGAACAGCAUGGACGUCGAGGAAGCCACCCCCGAGCGCGAGGUCGAGGCUAUGAUUGAGGUCGCCGACAGCGACGACGAAGACAGCACCGCCGCGCCCAUGCAGGCCGCGUCCGCGGCGCCGGCCAAGACUUUCCUCUGGCCCGAGUACUCGCCCGCGCACGCUGCGCGUUACGCGUCCGAGAUUCAAGCUCUGCGCACCCAGUUCCAGGAGGAAGAGGAGGAGCACGACUCUACGAUGGUUCACGAGUACGCCGACGAGAUCUUUGAGUACAUGAACUCCCUCGAGGACGAUGUCAUGCCCAGCGCAACGUACAUGGACGACCAGAACGAAAUUACCUGGGCGAUGCGCCAGACGCUUGUCGACUGGCUCGUCCAGGUUCACCUCCGCUACCACAUGCUGCCCGAGACGCUCUGGAUCGCGAUCAACAUCAUCGACCGCUUCCUGACCCACCGCGUCGUCUCGCUCGAGAAGCUCCAGCUCGUCGGCGUCACGGCCAUGUUCAUCGCCAGCAAGUACGAGGAGGUGCUCGCACCGAGCGCGGACGAGUUUGUGUUUAUGACCGAGAACGCCUUCAGCAAGAAGGAGAUCCUCAAGGGCGAGCGCAUCAUCCUCAUGACCCUCGACUUCAAGGUCUCGCACUACUGCUCGCCAUACUCCUGGAUGCGCCGCAUCAGCAAGGCGGACGACUACGACAUGCAGACGCGCACCCUCUCCAAGUUCAUCGCCGAGGUCUGCCUGCACGACCACCGCUUCCUCCGCGUCAAGCCCAGCAUGGUCGCGGCCAUCGGCAUGUACACUUCGCGCAGGAUGCUCGGUGGAGACUGGGACGACGCGUUCGUGUACUACUCCGGUUUCACCGAGGAGCAGCUCCGCCCCGGCUUCCACUUCUUGCUCGAGAAGAUGUGCGAGACCGGCUUUGACAAGCUCUACGUCUACAAGAAGUACGCGCACAAGAAGUUCCUCAAGGCUGCCGCAUUCGCCGUCGACCGCGCGCGCGAGAUGUGCGGUCUCAUCAACGAGGACAUGGUUGCCGAGUAA